AUGGCAAAGGCAAAGCCACCAACCGCAUCAGAACUCUACAUACAGAGAAGACAAAGCGAGGAAGAGGAAAAGUACCCCCUAUCAUGGGAAUACGAGCUUGGUGAACUCUGUGCUCCAAGUCACAGCCCUAUGUCCGAUCAGAGAGAUGUUUUUGAGUUCGAUGUACAAGUCAUGGGAAGCACAGGCGCGCAGACAGAGGAAGGUUCUCAGCCCAAAGUCGAUGCUCGGGAUUCUUGGCGAAAUAGAUGCACACGAGUUUUAGAGGAUAUUACUCGACGCGAUGCGGAUGGAACAACUUCAUCAUCAAAACCGUCAACCACCUCCCAAGGAACGACGCUAACUCCCGCCGACCCACAUCUCCGAAGACUUCAACGACUUCAGUCUAAGCAUCAAACCGGAGGACUACGCGCAUCGGAAGUACGAGAGAGGCUAAAGAACUUUGCCAAGAACCUUACGAGCUUUCCUUCGUCAAAUCUCAUAGCCCUCUGCGAAACCCCCAGCGUCGGUCGAUGGGGGGGCAGCAUCAACAUCACCCCAGACUUUCUCACCCGCUCCUCAUUGCCUUUCUCUGCCUAUUCUGCCGGGACGUUAGCCACUAGCAACGGCUGGCUGAGCAGCCUCCCCAUGUUCAAUGCUGUAGUCCUCGCCCUAUUGCAGAGGCAUCGUAAUAUGGGCGAGGUCACGUUCAACAAUGCGUGGAGUGGAGAUGAGGGUGAGGGCUUUGUGUCGGGCGACUCGUUCACCUCAUCUAGCCUGUCAACAGCUCACUGCCUCGACUAG